GACCUGCCGACAGACCCACCAAUGGUCCCACAGGCAGAUCCACAGUGGACUUGCGGAUGGACCCACCAGUGGACCCACAGACAAACCCACAGACAGACCCACCAAUGGAGCCACGGAUGGACCCACAGACAAACCCACCAAUGGACCCACGGAUGGACCCACAGACAAACCCACGAUGGACCAGCGGACACACCCACCAAUGGUCCCAUGGACAGACCCACCAAUGGAGCCACGGAUGGACCCACAGACAAACCCACGAUGGAUCUGCAGAGAGACCCCCCAAUGGACCCACGGACAGACCCCAAAUGGACCCACAAUGGACCCUCCAGUGGACCCACAGACAAACCCACGGACAGACCCACCAAUGGAGCCACGGAUGGACCCACAGACAAACCCACCAAUGGAGCCACGGAUGGACCCACAGACAAACCCACCGAUGGACCCACAGACAAACCCACGGACAGACCCACCAAUGGACCCACGGAUGGACCCACAGACAAACCCACCAAUGGACCCACGGAUGGACCCACAGACAAACCCACCAAUGGACCCACGGAUGGACCCACAGACAAACCCACGAUGGACCAGCGGACACACCCACCAAUGGUCCCACGGACAGACCCACAGACAAACCCACGAUGGAUCUGCAGAGACCCCCCAGUGGACCCACGGACAGACCCCAAAUGGACCCACAAUGGACCCUCCAGUGGACCCACAGACAGACCCAUGGACGGACCCACGGACAGAGCCACCAGUGGACCCAUGGACAGACCCACCAAUGAACCCACUGAUGGACCCCCAGACAGACAGCAGGGCCGGGGGCUGGCGGGGCUCACCCCCCCUCUGGGACGGGGACACCAGCCCAGCCGAGCCCUCCCGCUCCCCCCACGGGGGGUCCGGUCCCUUUUGGGGGCUACCGGUGCCUUGGGGGUGCUGGGGGGGGACCCUGCUUUGGGGAUUUGCUGCCCCCCCCCCCAGCGUGCAAGGGGGGGCUGCAUUCCCCGGGGGGUCCCCAGUCUGUACUCAGGGGUCCCAGAACGGUGUGUACAGGGGGGGUCCCCAAUCUGUCUGGGGGGUCGUCCGUACUAGGGGGUCGAUACCGGGGGGUGUUGGGGGGCCCCAGUCCGUGGGGGGCGUCCCGGGACCCCCGAGCCGGGGCCGCAGCGCCGCAAUAAAGGCGGAGCCUCGGAACGGAUCUUGCGCUUGA